AUGAAACGAACCGCAACCACUGCAAGCUUAAAAACAGGCACCCAAAGUCCUAAGAAGCCUCGGACUUCAAAACCCAGCAUAAGUGUGCCUGAGUAUCACUCGACGCCAUCAAGGAAAGAUAGCAAUGGCGAGAUCAUCUGGCCGGCACCGAAGAAUCAGAUUGAGGUAGCCAGAACCUUCAUUCGUGAAUGUGUCGCGGCCUCCCAAUCUACUCUUAUUGUCCCCGACAAAGACGCCGACGGCCUGACAUCUGGAGCCAUACUGAGAAAGACCCUGAUACUGCUUGGCCUCGAUCCGGAACUGAUAUCAGUCUACGUACUGAAAAAGGGUCGCAAUGUCCACGAUGAUGAAUCUCGCACUGCUAUGGCUUCCUACAAACCGGCAUUCAUAUUUGUACUCGACCAAGGUUCACGAGAGUCACCACCUCUUAUUGACGAACCUCACCGCGGCCUUGUAAUCGAUCACCAUCACGCAGAAGAGAAAGACCACCCAAAGGAUGCUGCAUUUGUCACAGCAUGCAAUAGCACACCUGUAGCCACGAGCUCGUUACUGACGUAUCUGAUCUGUCGCGACUUACAUCCGGAGGUAGAAAGAACAUGCGAUUGGCUAUGUGCCAUGGGCACGCACGGCGACCUGGGCAAUACUCUCAAAUGGGAACCCCCCUUUCCAGAUAUGAAAGCGACUUUCAAGAUGUACACCAAGAAGGCAAUUAACGAUGCUGUCUCGCUCAUUAACGCUCCGCGCCGCACAGCAACCUACAACGUGCCCGGGGCAUGGGAAGCAUUGAUUGCCGUUUCAACACCCAAAGAUCUUCUCAAAGACAAGACUUUACUUGCGGCCAGAGCUGAAGUGAAUGCGGAAGUUGAGAGGUGCACUCACACGGCACCAAAGUUUUCUUCCGAUGGAAGAAUAGCAGUGUUCCGUAUCAAUUCCGAAGCCCAGGUCCAUCCUGUCAUUGCAACGCGUUGGGCUGGCCAUCUACAGUCAGCUAGUCUUGAAGUCAUCCUGGUGGCCAACGAAGGCUACCUACCAGGCAUGGUCAACUUUUCAUGUCGCAUUCCCCGCUGCGCAAGGGCCAAAGAACCGCCAGUAAACAUCAUUGAGAUUCUUCGUGAUGUGGCUUCGCGAGCAAAAGACCCGACGCUUCGAGAGCGAUUGGGAGAGUCUUUUGCUCGUGGGCACAAAGAGGCAAGCGGCGGAAUAGUCCCCAAAGCCGAAUUCGAGGAGUUCGUGGAGGUGCUGGAACUCGGCAAAAAAGGCUCGGGCUCGCCGCAGAAAUCCCAAAACAAGACUCCGAAGCAGGGAAAUACACUUUUGAACUAUUUCGCUAAGCGCUAG